GGUUUCGGUGUUUUCGCAGCACUUAUACGAGAUCACACAUCUUUCGUCACAAUUCCAUUGAUCUCUUGCUCUGCACCCUCGCUAUUCAUCGCUGGCACCGGAUCAGUUGUAACGCGUCGAACACGCCGAUGAGCAGCGAGUGUUUUUGUGCUCAUUUAUCAACGUUUCGUGACAAUCAAGCUAGGGUUUAGGACUGGCUGAAACCAUGCAUGGCAGCACUGCCUCUUGUCACCGUAAUUCAGAAAAUGUGAACAAAGAGCAAAUGUUACGAAGAUAAGUACAUGUUCUUACAUCCCAGUAACUCAAAUGUGAACGUGUUAACUUGAGUCGCUCAAGGGCUUGGUGUUUUGUUGUGAGAAUCAUGACUAAAACCCGAUCAGUUCGCAAUUAAUCCAGUUUUUUUCGGUAAGACCUAUUUAUAUUCGUGAAAAACCCGAAUUCUCUUACGAUAGUUGUUAGCAAUUGACUGGAGUAAUUAUGCGAAGUGUCUCGUUAGAUACGAAGAGCUUUCACUGGAUGCUAGGGAUCAUGGCUUUCAAACACAGAAGUCCAGAUUGAAUGUAGUAUUGGCAUUCUGAAAUUCUGCCGAAAAGUCUUUUUGCUUUUAGCUCUACAGGAGCUAGGACGAAACUCCUGAAGGCCGGAGUCCACUUGUGGUAAAUAAUUUGUUUGAACAAGAGGUUAGUACUGAUGUGUCUCCGCGUAAUAUAUCUUGAAUACGUACCUUAAGCUGGACUUGUACCUUAUUUGGUAAGUAGAUGUCGUUAUGUUUCAGCAUUGUAAUCGGGAGCAAGUCACUUGGAUUGAGUUAUUGGGUUUUAUUUGUUUUGAUUGCAUGCCCUAUGGUAAUCUAAAGUUUAGUAGAUCAACACUGAAGUUUUUUCAUGACUUGUUCACGCUUUCUAUGCAGUGUCUGUUGCACAGAUAUACAUGGGUGAAAAGUACACUUCUAGCGAAUCUUCAGGAGACGAGAAAGACGGCGCCAAAGCAUUCAAUUACAAAUUGUAUGGAGGGAUCGAUUAUUGCUGCCAGAACACUCAUUGAUUUUACUUUAUAACCAGUCUGCAGCUUUGAACCGCCUUAAAGCCUCUCUACUCCUCUUUGGUGUACAUUGCAUGUGAGGUCUCAGCAAUACCUAGCACCGACGAUAACGGAAAAGAUAGCUACAGAACUUGUUACGAUGUCAAUUGGGGACGGGGACGGAUUUAGAGAUAGUGAAAGAGGCAGAGACAGAGAUAGGAAUGGAUUUAGUCGAGGAACCGGUGAUGAAGGAGAGGAGAAGGCGCGAGGCUUUUGGGACAGAGACAGGGGUAUGGACAGAGAUGGGGAUAGUUACAGAGAUAGAGGUAAAGAACGGGAGAAUUCUAGAGAUACUGAUAGAGAUCGGCGUGGAGGGAAUCGAGCAUUUGGUGGCGAUAGAGAGCAGACGAGUGGAUCCCCUGUAAAUAGAUUUCGUCGUAGCAAUGACGACGAAGGAGAUAAUUUGAGGAGGAGAGACGUCCAUGAUAUUGAGAGGAUGCCAAUUAGCCGGAGUAGGGGUCGAGAAUACGACGACGAUGUGAGAAGGCCCGUGAGCAGGGAUAGAGGUCGAGAAUACGAUGAUGAUUCGAGAAGGCCCGUGAGGAGGGAUAGAGGCCGAGAAUACGAUGAUGAUUCGAGAAGGCCGGUGAGCAGAGAUAGAGGUCGAGAAUACGAUGAUGAUUCGAGAAGGCCUGUGAGCAGGGAUAGAGGUCGAGAAUACGAUGACGAUGCGAGAAGGCCCGUGGGCAGGGAUAGAGGUCGACAAUACGAUGACGACGAACGGAUGCCACUGGGCAGGGGCAGGGGCAGAGGACAAGGUUUGGGCGAUGACGAGCAGAGAUCGAUGGGUAGGGAUAAUAGGGGCCGGGAAUAUUAUGAUGAUGGUGAGAGGAGGCCAAUGGGCAGUGAUCGUGGUCGGGGUGGAAGGGGGCGGGGUGGAAGAGGUCGAGGGGAUGACAGCGGCAAACCUGCAGCGCCACCUCUUUAUAGCAUUCACAGAGCGACAGUGCGUUCAGUUCGACCUUUUGGCAUUUUUGUUCAAAUGGAGGGGUACCGAAAUGAUGGACUCGUACAUCUUUCUCAAGUCAGCGAUCAUGAGGUCACCAAUAGGGACGAUUCCGAGGAAGCGAAAGUGAAGGCUUUGUCUUCUGUAGCUGACGAAGGGGAGCAGGUGUGGGUAAAGGUUGUGUCUGUGCAGGUGGAAGAAGAUGGGAAAACAAAAAUAGGAUGUUCAAUGAAGUACGUAAAUCAGGGUAACGGGGAAGAUUUGGAUCCGAAUAAUAUUCAAGCCGAAAAGAACCAGGCACGACCCUCUUGGAAGGAGCCUCAAAAGUUCAAGCUGGAAGCUGUAUAUAAUGUGCAGUGUGAACGUUGUGGAGGUCAUGGCCACUUGAAGAAAGAGUGCUACUCUUCAGGCGAGAAGUCGUACAAGCUGUUGUCGGAUGACGAAGAUGCUAAUUUGACAUCUCAAAAUGUCACAAAAGGUGACGAUAGAUUGCCCGCGAUGAGCGCAAAACCUCCCAAACCGCCAAGCGGCAUUUCCACCCAUCUCCUGGCCACUGGAUCUGUAGGUAGAGGUCGUUCAGUUGUGCAACCAGCCUGGAUGAAGCAUGGAGUUGGUGUUGGGGGGCAUGCUCCUCCUCCAGUAGUUGAGACUGAGCAUAAGAAAGAUACAACUUUACCAGAUGCACCGACUACCGUUGAGGAAGCAUAUGCUGUAAUUGCUCGUCUCAAGGAAGAGAAGCAAAGGAGGAAAGAAAAGAGGGAUAAACGACACAGUUCUAAAGACGACAAGAAAGACAAGCGCGAGAAAAAGGAUAAGCAUAGGAAACGGCAUCGCGACUCGGAAGAUCAUAAAGAGCGCCAUAAGAGCCGUAGGAAACGUCGUGAUAAAUACUCAGAGGCGGAAACUGACUCAGACGAUUACAAAGAGCGGAAGAAACAUCGUCACGAGGAAGAUUACAAAAAGAGUAAGAAGCAUCGUGAUGACGAGGAAUCUGAUGAGGAUGAUCGCAAGGAGCGGAAAAAACAUCGCGACGAAGAUGACCACAAAGAGCGCAAGAAACACCAUGAUGAGGACGGCCACAAAAAGAGUGACAAACAUCGUGAUGAGAAAUUCGAUGAGGAGAAUCACAGGGAUCUUAGUAAACAUCGUGAUGAGAAUUCUCAGGUGCACCACGGCACUCGCGAUAAGCACCACGAUAUGGAAUAUUAUGAAGUGCCCCGCUAGUCUCACGAUACAGCCUGAUUGAAAUGUAUUUGCUUUGCUGAACUGUAUUGCCAUUUAAAGAACUAUAUUCAACUGGAUGUUCAAUCUGUAACUUGCACUCUUGCAAAUUGCAGUUCAUAUCAUUGAGCUUAGGGAUAUCAUUUUCAGCCGCUCAUGUUGGUAUCCUGACUGCUACAUACAUCGAGAGCUACCAUAUGUUCAUUUUGAA